AUGCCUCCAGAUCGCAGAUCGAAGAAAGCUUCCCAAAGCUCGGCGCUUGAGGAGUGUGUUGAAAAAUUGUGCCAGGGACUGAACAGAGUUUCUAAGACAGAAGGCAGAGAAGAGAUCAACAAAGAUGAAUUAGAACAGCUGUGUGAGGCUCUGCACUCCACGAAAGCAAAGGAUGCAAUUACCACGAAAGCUCUGGCCAGACUUCUUUUAGUCUUGGAGAACCAAGACGGCGAGCGCCGCUGUGCCAUUGACGUCCAGACUUUCUGUGCCGUCUUGAAUGUCGUUCUGAUAGGCGAUUAUUGUCGAGAAGGGGAGCGUGUUCUCGUUUUACUUGCCGAUGAACUCAACCAGCUGUUUCAGUCUCAAGAUACAGAAGCUACCGAUACUGUGCUGACCCAAAUCGCAAAGGAAUUGGACGUGGGUCAUCUCAUCGAAUAUUUUAUCGAUAAUUCAAGGCCAAGUGGGAUUAGAAGAUGGGUUGGUAUCAUCAUGCAAUUGAUUUUGAGGGGCCCAGAAGCGGUCUCCGAGCAAUUCCAGCACACACCCGAAGACAUUAGACGCGGCAUUGGUCCCUUGAUUCUCAGUGAAGGAAACGAGAUAAUAAGAUUAAUCUGCGGCCAGCUUAUCAGUGCCCUACUCAACUCGGAUAUUCUCCCCGAAGAACUUUGGCCUGUACGGACUAACAAAAAGAUUUACGAGGAUUUCCCAACUGAGUCACAGGGUCAAUAUGGAUGGAAAACACUAUUCCAGCAGUGGGUGGACAAUAAUUGGUCUGAAAAUCCAAGCCAAUCGCCAUCACAUAUGCUCUAUUUCAGUCAUGGUGUCGUGGCUACACCACCAUUCAGACUUGGAACAGCAGGCAUAAACACUGAAAUGGUUUUGGAAGGCGGAUUUGUCCUCCUGUUGACAACCUCUACUGGAAAGGAUUUGGAUCAAAUGCUACAAGUACCGUGCAGCUCCAUAUACCGAGUCUCAGUCAGCGAUAGCUCAACUAUGAUCGAUGAAAAUAAUGUCUACAGUGUCAUUAUCGUUAUCAAGGACAACCCGGAGAUACCCUGUUAUUUGAACUCUAUGCCUACCAUCCUACAGCAACUAUGCUUGACGAUAACAUCAGACAUCGUCGAGCUGAUGAAUGAUAUUCGCGAUCAAUGUCCAAAUGCAGAAUUUCCAAAGGAGAGAGUUCAAGUCUCUCAAGCCGAAGAUGACAUAUUGAUCCAAGGGAAAGGAAGUUCACCAAAAGCCGAGAGUCGCGACAGACCGUUAGAAGGAAACCAAUAUCAACAAACAGGGUCUGCCCCAUUGUCAUCGUCAUCCGAUGAUGCAGAGUCAAACACAGAUUUUCAGCUCGAAAGCGAGGUCCAGAACGAGCUUCUUCGAAUUCAAGCAGACGACAACAUAUCACCACAAGCGCUUCGUGAAUUGGAGAAGUCCCAGCAAAACCGUAAUCGAAAAGAUGUCGCGAACAACCCAAGUUCACCUGAGUAUGGAGACGUCGCAAACUUCAGCGAUUCGCCUACAUUGCCUGCUCACCAAGGAAUUUUGCCAUCGUCCGACGAGGCUGUAGAGCCAGACGAUCAAGUUUUGAAAGCCAAUGGACAGGCACUUCCUGCAAUGCAGGUGGGCAAGGCGCGCUCUCAAAUUUCUCAACCCAAGCCGAUCAGCAAAGGUUUGCCAACAAACAAUGGAACAACUGCCAAGACCGCCACGAUCAAAGGCAGCGUAUCUGCGAGUAUGCCAAAUACACAGCCAAGUACUUCUGAAGCUGAACAUUCACAACCGAACCAGAAUACCGAUGUACAUGCAAAAAAGCAGCUUAAGAAAUAUGCGAUAAAACCAAAGCCACCGAUCGCAGUUUCAAAGGGCAAGGUGGAAUCUUCUCAAGUGGACUUCACUCGAACAAGCGUACUGGCAAAGACAACUACGAUUUCGAAGGGCAAGGAUGGGUCUGCUCAAAAAACAGCGCCAGCCAAGACAACAAGCAUUUAUGAUUUGCCUACAAACGAAGAGGAUCGAACAACAAUCGUAAAGGCCCGGCAUACUACAAAGGGAGUGAAAAACAAAGUUGGUGGGUCACAAACGAAAGGAAAAUCAAAUGGCAGAGGCAAGGGAAAGAAUGCAAAGACCCACCAGAAACUUAAUUCUACUCCAGUGGAAGUCGAGGAACCUGUGAUCGCCAAGAGGAGUAGCCAGAGAGCUGCUGCAACUCAAGCCAAGGUAAACAUGAGCAAAAUCAAUGACCUAGAGGACAUUGAAGACGAUUUCUCCGAUGUAAGAGACAGUGGACCAGCGCAGCCCAAUGUUUCGCGAAAGCGUAAGACUGUGGAACAUCCAGCAGAGUAUGCUAUAUCGGAGGCUAGGUCAGACCCAUUACUUCAACCGAGCUUGGAGAAAGGUGAGAAAGUAUUGGAUCUUCCGAAGCAAGACGCUCAGGAAUCAGGCUUGGUAGGUAGCAAUUUUGCUCCGGAUGACCCUUUCAGGAUUGAUGAUUUGUACACUGCCAGUCCUCCGGCAUCAGAAAAACAACAAAGCUACAGUCUAGAAACAUCUAACGAGCCUUUCCGAAAAGCUGCCGCGAUGCACUUUGCCAGCCAAUUGGGUGGUCUCUUGAGUGAUGAUUCAAUGGGAGAUAAUAAGACAACUCGCACUAAGGCUUUGAGGAAGAGUCUAGUCAAGAAGGGUCCCAUUCCACGUGUGCCACCGCCAAAGUUAGGAAAGCUCAAACCGAGCGUUUCAGCUGUGAUUGACAAGGAAAUUCCGAACGCACCAGUUCAAAGCGUCGAGGAUGAUGAUAGUCACCACUUCGAAGAUGAAAAUGAUCAAGGCCCACAAUUAGAGGAAGAAAGUACCACCAAAUCCGAAGCGCAACAAAUUGAAGCAGUGGUAAUUUCCUGCGAGAUCGAGGUGAAGGAGAAUCAGAAGGUCGGAAAGACGGAUGGCGUCAAAGAGGUAUUAAACACGAAGCACUUUGUCAGCGCUGUUGAGAACGAGAAUGAACCUCUGCCAGUCAAAACCAGAGUCAACUCGGCCAUUGGAACCCACAGCCAUCCUGUCGACAUAUCUUCGAAUGACUCCAAGCAGGAAAGUAUCCACAAGCCGGAUACCGCCAACACUAUCACUUUUGAUAUCCAUCAACCCAAUCCAAAAAGCUCUCGCCCAACUUUACCACUACCUAAUGUAGUUGAUGUAAUUAUAGUCGAAGAGAAGAAGCGAAAGGUCGCAACAGAGGUUGCUGCGCCAUCUAAGCGUCGUCGAUCAAUUGCGACCAAUAUUUCAGAGAAUCCACCAUUCUCGAGACCUGGUCCUCGCCCGCAGACCAAGAUAUUACCCGAAGGCUCAGCUAGCAAGAAUCAAGCUUUACUAGAUGAUCGGAGCAUCCGCAAGCCAAACUUGAUACAUUUUGGUUCCAAGGGUGCCCAAAACCAGGGUUCUUCCAGCACAUCGAAACCUGUUCUGGAACAAGAUCCCGAGCUACCUGUCACUACUUCCAAAUUGGCAAAGAGAGACCCUCAUGACGCAGUACAGAAGAAGCGAAGGCAUGAUUAUAUUGAUUUCCAGGACGAAACAAGUAUAUUCGUUUCCCAAAGUCCACCCAAGAAGCGUCAGAGUGUUAGUCCACGGGACUCUGCAUCGCAUACAUUUGCGUCGGCGCGGUUAGAAAGUGACAGCAAUAGUACAGCUCCUAUAAUCUAUAAAUCAAGCUCACAAGUGUCUCGAGUCAAUGCAUUUGGCAGUCCACUUGCACAACACACUAUGCCGUCUAUUGGCCAGAGUCUCACACUUCAGCAAAGUCCACUGGCGUCAGAAUUCGGCCGGCUGGCGCCUCGGGUACUAGACUUUACGGCGAGGAUAUCUACGAUUACUGCAGCAUCUUCUGAACCUGACGUUCAGAAUACCCCCGAGACUUUUGCCCCGCGUGUCAAAGUGGUGAGCAUCCCAAAAGCACGUCCUGCGCCCCCAGGAGAAUCACCUAUUCGAUAUGUUCCGCAUACAAAAACUCAGCAUGGAACUUAUGAAGACGUUUUGACCAUGGAAAACAUAAAAGAAGAAAAAGCAUUGCCAGAUCCAUUUGUCGAGGAUGUCCACCCAAAGUCGAGCGGGUUUCCAGAACAGUUACGCGCAGGGCAGACUGAUUCAAACAGCAAGGCUGAUGGAGGCUCAAACUCAAAUGUUCGUUUCAAUGAUCCUGACAAAACUCUAGUUGGGAUCGAGGAUCUACACACCACUGGAGAGCUGACUUCACCAAGCGAGUUGACAAGCAAUUCAUCAUUUCGAUCGGAUGAUUCCUCAAAUACUCCAACGCAAGAAUUAUCUCCCCACAGUCAAUGGACAUUGGCCGUUCGACCACACUAUAAGAAAUAUGCAGAUACGGUUCAUAAGAUUGCCGAUGAAUUAGUGAUUAGAUUGGCCAAUGAAGAAGAUGCAUCGAAGCUGAUCGUGCGUCAAUAUAACGACAACGCCAAUAGUAUGCUCGAAGGUUUGGCUGGCAAACGAGAUCUAGAAAAGCUGACGAUCCGUGAGAAAAUGGAGAAUAAGAAGAAAGAAUUGACACAAAUGUAUUCUGAAGCCAGCAAGGUCAUGACGCAGACUGAGAAGGAUAUGAAAAGUAGUCCCAUGGGUGAUUCCAAUAGAGAAUGGCAAGAGAGACAAGAAGCCAUCCUUAAAAAGAUGAAGGGAGGAAGACACAGAUCGGAGUCAUAG